CAAUUCGCAAGGGCGGAAAAUUGAGCUAUAGAAAAGCAGUCGAAGCUUCAAACAGCUUAUAUGUUGCUCUCAAGCCGUCUGACGAGGUGCCUAGCUCUUCCACCGUUGACCACCAACACCACCCUUCAGGAUAUCGCUUCAAACCAAUCCAAGGGUGUUGCAAAGGUUAUCCUAAAGAAGGGGAAAACACAACUGUUUCGUGAUGGAAGCCCAAUGGUUUACAGCGGUGCAGUUGAUAGAAUUAUUGGUAGACCACCCCCAAAAACAGGUGACGUUGUGCUGGUGGCUGACGGGACACAAAAGCCAAUCGGUUGGGGCUUGUACAACUCCUGCUCUAUGUUCUGUGUGAGGCUCAUGCAGCUAGAGGAGGAAGUAUCAGGAGAUCCUUCUUGUGCAUUGAAUGUGGAAAAGCUGCUUGAAACAAGAAUAGAUGCAGCCAUCAGAUUACGUAAGAGCUUGGGGCUCCCUUCUGCCAAUACAAAUGCAUAUCGUCUUGUGAAUAGUGAAGGAGAUAGAUUGUCAGGCCUUAUAGUUGAUGUGUUUGGGGAUUUGGCUGUGAUUGCGUCGUCAGCUGCAUGGGUUUGA